GCAGUCGGGGCGGACGGGCCAGAGGUGGCGCGUCGGGAGAGGCGGAGCCGAGGUGACCCGCGCCGCCGCGCAACGCCCCACCCCCUAGUUGAAGUGGUUCAGCCCGAGAACUUUUCAUUCAUAAAAAGAAAAGACUCCGCGAGGAGCGGGUGACUCAGAACCCGAGCUGCCGACGCUGACCCACCGAGCAGCCAGCCCAGGGCAUGUUCCGAGACUUCGGGGAGCCCGGCCCGAGCUCCGGGCCCGGCGGUGCGUACGGCGGCCCGGCGCAGCCCCCCGCGACCGGCCAGCAGGCUGGGCCAGUCCGGACCGGGAGGUGCCAGACCGUGCGCGGGGUCGUGCAGCGGGCAACUCCCGCACCCGCGACGAUCGGCACCGAACGGCGCCCGCUGGCGGCUGGGGGGACCCGCGAGGCUGCAGAAGUUCCACCUGGUGCCAAGCAUCAAUGCUGUGAGUGGCAGCCAGGAGCUGCAGUGGAUGGUUCAGCCUCACUUCCUGGGACCCAGCAGCUACCCCAGACCUCUGGCCUAUCCUCAGUACAGCUACCCACAGCCCCGGCCCGGAGUCAUCCGGGCCCUGGGGCCACCUCCAGGGGUGCGUCGCCGGCCCUCUGAACAGAUCAGCCCAGAGGAGGAGGAGCGCCGUCGGGUGAGGCGCGAGCGGAACAAGCUGGCCGCGGCAAAGUGCAGGAACCGGAGGAAGGAACUGACCGAUUUCCUGCAGGCGGAGACCGACAAGCUGGAGGACGAGAAAUCAGGACUGCAGCGAGAGAUUGAGGAGCUGCAGAAGCAGAAGGAGCGGCUGGAGCUGGUGCUCGAAGCCCACCGCCCCAUCUGCAAAAUCCCGGAAGGAGCCAAGGAGAGCGACACUGGUGGCCCAGGCGGUGCCAGCAGCCCACCAGCCCCCUCCCGCCCUGUGCCUUGUAUCUCCCUCUCCCCAGGGCCUGUGCUUGAACCCGAAGCAUUGCACACCCCCACGCUCAUGACCACACCUUCUCUGACUCCUUUCACACCCAGUCUGGUUUUCACCUACCCCAGUACGCCUGAGCCCUGUGCCUCAGCCCAUCGCAGGAGCAGCAGCAGCAGUGGGGACCCAUCCUCUGAUCCCCUAGGCUCCCCCACCCUCUUGGCCUUAUGAGGCACUCUGGCCCAUAUCUCCCCAUCCAUUGGUCCAGCUGGCCUGGGCUAUAUCCCAUGCUCAACCCCAGCAGGUUCUCCAUCCCUCCAGAUGAGACAGCCUAUUUUGCUUCCUGGCAGAGCCAGCUUGGGGCCACCAAAGCAGCUCAGUUUCUCUAGGGCUCGCCUCUCUAGCACAAUUUGCAUUAAAUCAGAGACGAACUAUUUCCCAUUUGUGCAAGAGAACUCCUGGCAGCCCCAAAGGACUUUAUAGACCUCGAGAGGUUUUCUGGAGCCCUAACCCCCUCCAGGCCUUCCCUAAGUCUUCAUUACCCUCUUCCUGUGAUCCACCCAACCUUACCCCCCCGACAGAAGGUGAUAUGAUAUCAGCCUAGAACACUAACUCACCCAGCCCCACUGCCAGCAGCACCCGGUGAUUGAACCAGGGCAUUCUGCCGUCCCCUCCAGAAAUGGCACAGUUCAAGAGAGUGCUAGAGACUUCUGUGAUGAGCUGAGCUGCAGCCCCUGGCUCUGAGAAGACUUUAGCUCCAGGGAAUCUAAGCCUCCACUGCAAGGGCAGCUGCUAUUUAUUUUCCUAAAGAGAGUAUUUUUAUACAAACCUGCCAAAAUGGAAUAAAAGGCUUGAAGCUCUG